AGGGAGGCUGGGACCUGCCGCUGUCUCAUUCCGCUGACAGAGGCGCCACUAAUGGCGGGCUGCGGGGGCUUCUUCUUCUCUCUCCUCAACUUCAAGACGGAGAAAUAUGUCAUCGCCGAAAACAGGAAGAUCGGGAUUUUGUUUCGGCUCUAUCAGCUGGCCGUGCUCGGAUACAUAAUCGGAUGGGUGUUUGUGAUGAAGAAAGGCUACCAGGAGAGGGAGGAGGCGAUCCAGACGUCGGUCAUCACCAAGCUCAAAGGCGUGUCUCUGACCAACACCUCGGAGACGGGGCCUUACCUGUGGAGCGCAGAGGAUUACGUCAUACCUCCGAAUGGUGAGCAGGUGUUUUUUAUUGUAACAAAUUACAUAGAGACCCCGAAUCAGAGGCUGGGCUUCUGUGCUGAGAGUUUUAAGGUACCGGAUGGACGAUGCCAAAGCGACGACGACUGCCCUGAAGGGGAAAGUGUGACAGCCGGACAUGGAAUAAAGACGGGCUUGUGUUUGAACAGCACAGGGACCUGUGAGAUUCACGCUUGGUGUCCUAUUGAGUACAGCCAGAGGCCAACAGAGCCGUUACUGAGCGAAGCAGAAAACUUCACCAUCUACAUCAAGAACUUCAUCCGGUUCCCCAAGUUUGAAUUCUCAAAGUCAAAUGUCCUUGAAACAUCUGAUGAGGGCUACCUAAAGACAUGCUUCCAUGACACGGAGAACCAUCCCUACUGCCCCAUCUUCCGCCUCAGAGAUCUGGUCAGCAGAACCGGACAUGACUUCCAGGAGAUGGCUGUUAAGGGCGGCUCUAUCGGUAUUCUCAUCGAGUGGAACUGCGACCUGGAUAAGGACUCGUCGGAGUGUAAUCCACAGUACAGCUUCACCCGUUUGGACAUGAACUUAAACAACUCCAUUACAUCAGGAUACAACUUCAGACAUGCGAGAUAUUACAAAGAUCAAAAUGGUGAAACUUUUCGCACGCUGUACAAAGUGUAUGGGAUUCGAUUUGACAUCAUGAUCAAUGGGAAGGCUGGGAAAUUCAACAUCGUUCCUACAAUAAUUGCGAUUGGCUCAGGUGUUGCCCUGAUGGGUAUCGGAGCCUUUGUGUGUGACAUGAUACUUCUCUACAUGAUGAACACAAGCUCCCUCUACCGAGACAAGAAGUUUGAAAUAAUCAGCUUUAAAAAAGAGAAAAGUAAGCAGAAGGACGAUAAAGCAAGCAACCGGGAUCGGAGAUCCAGAAAAGCUGCCGUGGACAAAGACGCAGCCAACUCCAUCAAAAAGCCAGAGGAAACCGAGCUAACGGUGGAGACGUCUGCUCCUGAGGAGAGCCACGCGGAGAAACGGGGUCCCACCGUCCCACGCAACACGGGACAGCGAUAUUCAGCCGUCCAGUCCAAACAAGGCGCGGCGCCAAAGCAUCACAUCAGUUUCUCUUCGCACAACUAGCUUGGGGGGGGGGGGAACUGAAGACUCCUGGACUGCAGACGUCUCUUUUAACGCUGCGGAUCCCAGUGUCACACUGACGUCUGCUGAUGGCCCGGUCUUUGACUGAUGUGUUGAAGGAGGGAAAUCUCAAAUGUUCUGCAGCACAAGGGACCAGGCAGUCAUAGGAGGAGGGUGAUCAUCAUGUUCAAUUAGUUAAACUAAAACUUUGUAAGAGUUGAAUGUUUAUCAAGACAACAAUGUGGGGCAGACUAGUGAGGCUUGAAAAUGACUGUGAAUGGAGAUGGUACCAGUGGCCGUGAGUGGUGACAUUAAAGGGUCCGUUCGUAAAGUUGCAUGACGAAUUGCGCCACGGGCACAUCUGUACGACGCAAGCACCCAAACCUCAUAUCAAACGUGUAUUUGUGUUGAUAAUGCGACUGUCGGAUGUUGCGAGCUGUAAACUAAUCGUACAACUUGUAAAGUCAACACUUCCUUUGGUAGCUGUUUCACAAAAACUGAAUCGCUGGCAAAUCCAAUAUACGGGCCAUUGCAGAUAGAAAAAAAACUCAAAUUUGGAGGCUAAUCUUAAAACCUUGUGCUUAGUUUCGUAAGUUUCUAAGCUUUCUUAGAAACUUAAGUUUUUAGGAAAAGUUACGUUUUUCUUAAAACUAAGUCAUUUGUGUAAAAUGUGAACAUUUUUGAACGGAAGAUGUAGAAAUGGAAAAGGUCAGGGUACAUGAUUUGUAACAGACGUGUCAAAGAUGCUUUUAGAAGCAAUAGGUUUAAAAAAACAAAAGAAAUGGGUUUUUGUGUUGGACACUGUUAAGAAUUAAAAAGAGGAGAUAACUUGA